ACUGAGCAGCCAUCACAUGAUAUUUUGUAGCAAAAUGUUGACUUAAAAGUGAGUGAAUGGUGGUAAGCGACAAAACUGAUUGAUCAUAUAAAGGUCCAAGUUUUGCACAAAAAAAUAAAGAUUUAGGUUAAUAGAUAAUAGAAAGAGUUACUAUUCCUCUGGGUACUUAAUGUCACUUGCCUGGAAAUGAACAAACUCUGCCUCUAUUUAUUGUACCUCAAACUCUGCCUCUAUUUAUUGUAUCUCAGGCUCAGUCUCUAUUUAUUGUAUCUCAAACUCAGUGCCAAGCACAUGCAUUUAAGUAAUUCAUGACUGUGAAAAAGCAAAAGGGUGUUAUGACUGCUGACGAGAGGGCAUGGAAUGUUGAAACUGAAGGUUUUUUUGCUCCUGACAAAUCAACAGUGGUUUUUUUUAAUACUACAAUAGCAGAAUUUCAUGGAAGCAUAAAGACACUAUUUUGAAAAAUGUGCAGAGUUAAAAGCAUAAGGGCAACAUAAUAAAGCUGUGCAGUAUUCUAAUCAAGUUGACAGCCUUCAACUAGCAGAAACCUUGAAGAUGCCAAAAAGAAAAGUGACAGUGGAUAUCUGGCCCAAAGGACUGUGGAAACAUUUCUGAAGGCCAACAUCCAAUUCCAUAAACUGGAAAAUGAAGAUUUUUGGCAGUAGAUGAACAAUUUCCAUGAAGGUGCUGGCAGUGCCCCAUGUGUAAAAACAACGAGAGAGACUAUUGCACCUUCAGAAUGACAAAAAAAAUGUUGUAAUGGAGCAGCUAACAAGAAAAGAUAUUGUUAUAUUAUCUGACAAGACAACUGAGAGAAGAAGCCAUUGUAUUUUUGCUGUGUUGUUGAGAAAUAUGGAAGUGUGGAAUGAACAGAAACUUCUAGUUGUAAUCAUACAAGUUCUCGGGACAGUAACAUCAACGCAAUGUGUUCAUGCAGUUUUGAAGCCUCUUCAAAAUAUAAUAUACAGUAUGAUAAUGUGAAAGCAGUUGUGAUUGACAGUACAAGAUUUGUGGAGAAAUGUACUGACUCUUUGAAAGCAAUCAUAAGUUAUCAUUUAAACCAGGUUUAGCCCAGGGCACAUAAACUGAAUCUGAUUGUGAACAUUUCUUGAAGGAACAUAGUAAGUUGAAUACUAUGACAUGCAAUUUGAAGGCUGAAUGCUUGAUUACUAUGAAGAACAAACAUUUGUAAUUCCAGUUUAUGAAGGAAAAGGAUAGAGAUGCUAAGGUUUUGCUCUUCCAGUUUUAACACACUGGAACUCAUUUCUGUCCACUGCCACUAAUGUGGCAGAAUAUUUUGUAGAAAUUAUUGAAUUCUUCUGUUGUGAUAACAUGGAGGAUCUGUCUAAUGCAGGCACUGUGUAUGUCAAUUCUCUGUUUGAUGACAGAGUGGACUGGAUUCUUGUGGAGGCUACAUUUAUUGAAGAACAUGCCAGUAACUAAUUAAUAUGAUUGUCUUCUUAGAGACUUUGAGAUAUCCCACUUCACACAAAUUUUGAAUAAAAGCUGAAAUAGCUUGAAGAAUAUUUCAGUGUAAUGGGCAAAGGAAUUUUUGCUUAUGAAACAAUAUUUUAAAGAAGACAAAGAGGCAAGUGUUUCAUUCAGAAGUUAUGGAGGAACUGAAGCACACUGGGUUGCAUCUUCAGACAAUGUUUUCAACUCUCAUGGCCACAUAUCUAAACAAAUCACUUUUCAAAGCCUUAGAUUCAUGUUUUAACCUAAGGACAAUAAGCUUGAAUCCCAUUAGUGUAGACAGGGUAAGGAUCUUACAAUCUCUGACAGGAGUGUCAGGUCUCAGUAGUGUGGAUACUCUGAAGGGGUACAAAUCUGUUCAGAAUUUUACAAAAAAUCAAAUACCCACACAGUCACAAAAUUACGACAGAGAAAAACAUCUGGAGGCAACAAGAAUUGAUAAGCAGCAGUUAGUAGUUGUGUCACUGAAAGCUAUUGAGAUCCCAUAUUUCAAUGCAGACAGUGAUAGACUGUUUCCUAACUAUGGAGAAGUGUUGACAGAUUUAUGACACAGUCUCUUGGAAGAUAACCUAGAAAUCAUGAUAAUGCAAUUAUUUGAAAAACUGUCAGUAGUGUUUGGCUGAAAACCCACUUGCCUUAAAGUGUUAUUUUUUUAAAUUAUCAAGUAUAACAUAAAUGUUUUCACUUUUUUCUUCUCAAGUCAAUGUAACGUGAAUAUGUGUAAUGUGUUUGUUGUAAUAAAUAUAAUGUAAAUGCUACAUAUAAUUUCAUUUUCAACAUAAUGGAUGGAAAUAUAUGACUAGAAAGAGAAAAAGCUGCAAUAAAUGACAGCAAAAAAAACACUUAAAUCUGCAACAAAUAAUGCAAAAACUAGCCAUAAAAUAGAUCAGUUUUUCCUGUUCCUAACUGUUGACUAUUAUUGCUGGAUCAUAAGAUGACCUAGAUACAACACUCAUUAAUUCAUUAGUAAAUUUCAGUCUUUUUGUGCACCUGUUGUGUGUUACUGUUCUGAUAAUAAAAUAUAUAAUGAUGAUAAUGUGUAGCUUGAUGGGUCAUAUCUUUAACAAGAAAUAAAAUGCAGCUAAAUUACUGAAAACUGUUAUGAUUUCAAUGUUUAGCAGUUUUUGGAUGAAGAAAAUCCAUGAAAGAAAGGCAGAGUAUUGCCCAUUUAUUUACAGAAAGUGCUCUUUUCAAUU